AUGAAGGAUCGAUUGCCUCCCGCAUAUCACUAUGCGUUGGAUACGAAAAACGCCCCUACAGGCAACCAACUCCACCGCUCCAUCUCAGACCUAGCAACUUUCUACCGUAAAGAAUUCGGCGUUCAAAUUCCACCGCUCAAUGCACCACCCAUGCUGUUUACCUAUAUAAAACAGCUCUCAUUGCCUCUCGAACCUUUCCCCGCCAUCCUUAACCGCUUACAACACCUGGCAAGAUUUGACUUCACGUUUUCUUCAUUUCCUGCCGCGGCCAGCUCUGUUUCCAUCAACAGUACUACCAAAAGAAAACAUGGAAUGAGGAAGAAGCGAAAGAAAUUUCAAUACAUUAACCUCCCCGAAGUCCAGCUUAUAUCUCUACUUAUCAUUACUGUGAAGCUCUUUUAUCCCUUCGACGAUAGUCUAGGCGAAGGCGAGGGCGAAGUCAAUGGCAAGGGCGAAGGUGCACCAAGAGUGGAGGCGAAUGUGAAGCGGUAUCCGUACUCAUGGCGUGAUCCCGCAGCGCAGGUCAUGGAUUGGAAGGCGUGGAUGGGGUUUCAGAGAGAUUUUAGUGAUGGAGUUGAACACACGGUGGGGAACGGGAAGAAGGGGCCUAAGAUGAAGGUGAAAGGAAGGGAGAUUGGGGUGCGAGCUGGUGAUGUUUUUAACAUGGAUGGGAGGCAAAUUGAUGAGUAUUUGGAUUGGUAUGAGCGCAUGUGGGGUGGAAGAGCCACUGCGAACCCAUUCGCAGACAUGUUUCCAACUUCCCGAGAAUCAGAUACUAAUCAACAUGACGACGUCAAUGAAACCCACAACCAGGAACAGCAGCAGCAUCCACAGCAAAACGAGCCCGAGGAGGCCUUGCUCACGACAAAACUCCACAGCGCUCUCGGUGAGCUGCGCAUUCGCCGUGCAAUCGGCCCUGCAAAUCCCGCGACUCCUGAGCAACGAGAAACCCAAUCACACCCCGCUGGCGCCACCACUACCGUUACAGUCGUCGAUAUUCCCCGCCCAGGAAACCUCUAUAAGCGCUACCGCUAUGAAGAUCAGCUUAAUGAGCGGGCCAGAGCUUUUUAUGAGGCGGCUGCAAGGGUCAUUGGGGUAUCACUAAGGGCGGUGGUUACUGGAGUGUACCAAACAGAGAGGCGGAUAAAGGUGGCCAUCCAAGGUGCCAGAGAGAGGCGAGAACGAACAAACCUAUCCAGCGAACUGACGAGUAUCAGCAACCACUUCGUCAAGACCCUGACGGGCAAGACCAUCACCCUCGAGGUCGAGUCCAGCGACACCAUCGACAAUGUCAAGAGCAAAAUCCAGGACAAGGAGGGAAUUCCACCCGACCAGCAGCGAUUGAUCUUUGCGGGCAAGCAGCUUGAGGAUGGCCGGACGCUUAGUGAUUAUAACAUUCAGAAGGAAUCUACCCUCCACCUAGUCCUUCGCCUGCGUGGUGGUAUCAUCGAGCCCUCGCUCAAAGCCCUCGCCAGCAAGUAUAACUGCGACAAGAUGAUCUGCCGGAAGUGCUAUGCCCGUCUUCCACCCCGUGCCACCAACUGCCGAAAGAAGAAAUGCGGUCACACCAACCAACUGCGACCAAAGAAGAAGCUCAAGUAGAUUUAGUUAUAAUUGUUUUCAAUAUUAUCGGUUGUCUGGUUUCGCUAUUACGAUUGUCCUUUCUUCCUUCCAUUUUUUCCCCAUUUCCUCUUCAUUUUCCUCAUUUGACGGGGUGUGUAGGUGGUGGGGAUUGGUUAAGUCAUGGAUGUGUUUGGUUUUGAAGGUCGAUUUGACCCACUAACCUGCAUGUUACGUGUAACGUGGAUCUUUGCGGCGUUCUAUUUCCCACUGGGGAUAAAGGUGGAUUUUAAAUAAAAAAGAAACAAUAAAGUAUCAAACUUAGUCCUUAUAA